ACAGCAGUACGUACAACUUCCGUGCACGUAAUAACGUACAUACGUCGCAAGUAUACUGACUGUCUCCAACUCUCAGGAAAACUUCACCCGAUUUCCUGAAGCCAGUGGUUGUUUCACAUGAUGGACGGUGACUCACUUUUAACAACUUGUAGUGAUGAAUAUCGAUUGCUUGAAACAUACUGCCAGAAGAGGAGGAAGCCAAGCGCAAGAGCCUGUGAUGAGAAAUUUGGUGGUGUGGCUGAAAAACUGGCCCAGAUUGCAUACAACAGACUUCUAUUUGAUGAAGGACUAGAGCCAGACAGUCCUGUUGCGAAAGAGGCUAACUCAGAUGUCAUAGUGAGGCUUGUUGACUUGCUGAAGACAUCAGGGGACGAAUUGAAUGAAACGAUUCAGAGCAGCCAAGAGCUUUCAGGAUACCUGCAGCAAACUUUCUCUUACGACUUGUUUAAAAAACUGACUAAAGCCUUCAUCACAAGUAGUGUACCAGAAUUUCUGCAGAGCAGAAAAAAACGUGAGCAGAUCGCCCUGGCCUUUGAGGUCACCAGCAGACUCAAAGCCCUGGACCUACACCCCAUGAACAGGGUCAUGGGAUACGGAGCUCAGUACCUGCAGGAGAACUACGCUCCCUGGAUUAAACAGCAUGGUGGUUGGGAGAAAGCCUUUGAUGAUGAUGAUGAUGAAGAGGUCCUUUGACAAGACUGUGAAAUGGAUGGUUAUUAGUGAUCAAAGUGAUAUUUAUGAAAUAAAGAUAUUAUCUACUAAAAUCUAUAUUUUAUAAAUCUAUAAUUUUUUAUAAAUAUGUACUUGUUUAUAUACAUUUAAUAUAAAAUAACAUUUUGUGUUACUAAUGAAAUGUGUUCUUAACUCAUUGCUGCACACUUAAAAAAAAAAAAAAAACAGGCCAAAAUAUAAUGCUAAAAUAUAAUGCUUUAUUAUGGGAAGUUGGCUUUUCAGCAACAAAUAAGCAACACAAACAUACUCUUUACAAAUAGAGAAUGCCACUGGAAUCAGAAUAGCGCCUUGUGAUUUUUACAUAUAGGCUAAUUUUUUUUAUUUUUUUAUCAUCUGUAAUUACAUAUCAACUGCCUUCACUUGCUAUGAGUCUUACGCACAACAUUAGGCACAAAGAGGCAAAGACUACAUAGAUACUAAAUACUUUCUUUUGCUUUGUUGUUUCUUUAUUUGUUGUUCCUAAUAAUAUCAAUAUUUCAUCAAUAUCACUUUAAUACAUUGUAAUGCUGACUGCAUUUUUGAAUGCCAUGUGAUGACUAUGGUUGCAAUCUUUCACACCUUAAUUUGUGUGGCAUACAUCCUCAUAACAAGGCAAGACUAAUGGACAUUUGGCCCAGAUAAUCAACAUCACUGCAGAUGUUACAGUAUUAAUGAAAUUUGAAUUGAAACAUGUAAAACAGUUGCAGUUUUAUUCUACAAUAAAGCACUGAUGAUUUUGAUUAGCUA